GCGUGCCGCGCGCUGCUAACGGCUGCGGCCGACAAGAUGGCCGAGUCGCUGCCACAGACGCCGAGCAGGCACGAGAAGAGCCUGGGGCUCCUCACCACCAAGUUCGUGUCCCUGCUGCAGGAAGCCAAGGACGGCGUGCUCGAUCUGAAAGUGGCAGCAGACACACUGGCUGUGCGGCAGAAGCGUCGGAUUUAUGAUAUCACCAAUGUUUUGGAGGGAAUCGGGUUGAUUGAGAAGAAAUCAAAGAAUAGCAUUCAGUGGAAAGGAGUGGGCCCAGGCUGUAACACACGAGAAAUCGCGGACAAACUCAUUGACCUGAAAGCAGAGAUAGAGGACCUGGAUCGGCGGGAGCAGGAGCUGGACCAGCAGCGAGUCUGGGUACAGCAGAGCAUUCAGAAUGUGACGGAUGACAUCGAGAACAGCAGGUUAGCAUACGUGACACAUGAAGACAUGUGCCGAUGUUUCAAAGGUGAUACAUUGUUAGCGAUCCAGGCACCCUCAGGCACACAGCUGGAAGUGCCGAUUCCUGAGGGGGUUCCAAAUGGAGUGAAGAAAUACCAGAUCCACCUGAAAAGCACAACCGGUCCCAUUAAUGUGUUGUUGGUGAACAAGGACACUUCCUCCUCCAGUCCAGUUGUUGUGCCUGUGCCCCCACCUGAAGAUCUCAUUCAGUGCCCUCCCACAGUGCACACCACCCCACAAAGGCCUGUCCUAGCCAGCAACCAAGAGGCAGAAACAAGAUCCCCAGCCCGACCUGCCUCUCCGUCCCCUGCCCCUCAGAUACCUCCCCACCCGCCCAGAGCAGCGACACCCACAGUACCCACUGCGUCACAUCAUGAGCCCCAAAACAGCACCAGCAGUGUCUUAAGCCUCGAGCCCCUCAACCUGCUCCCGACGUCCAGCUGUCAGGCUGCCACCAUGGAGACGCAGCCUCUAGAAUCUUCCGCCUCGUUGGACGGCAGCACGUCUUUGUCCAAUCCCAAUACUUCCUUCGUUCCAAUCAAAUCUGAAACUUCAGUGGAACUGGAAUUUCCUAAAGAAUUAACGGAGAUGUUUGACCCCACUAAAGAAUGUAUGGAUUCCGACCUCAUAGAUGAGCUCAUGUCUUCAGAAGUUUUCGCUCCUCUAUUGAGGCUUUCUCCACCUCCUGGAGACCAUGACUAUUACUUUAACCUCGAUGACAGUGAAGGCGUUUGCGACCUCUUUGAUGUACCCAUUCUGAACCUUUGACCUCUCUCUGGACUUGGUCACCUGGCAGCUGUGUAUAAAACUUUUAAAGGAACGUCUUUUUAACAAAAAGGAAAAAAAUGUACAAACAAAAGAAAUGGCAUCUUUUGCAAUUCUACAUGGAUCUCCAAGAGCGCAUGAACACUUGAAACGAUAAUGAAAAGGGCAAGUUGUCGAUGAGUGUUGCUGGAAUGUUUGUUUCUGUUUCUUUGCUUACCUUUGAAGAGAAUGUUGGGGAUUGUUCUUCAGCCCAGGGCCAAGUACAAUCUAAUUUUUGUUAUAUUUGUGGCUGGCAGCUCAGGUGCUGCUUCAGUUACCCAGGGAAUGGACACGUGGGCUUGUGCGAGAUACCGGUGUGGUUCCAGGUGCAAGAUGCCAUUCCAAGUCACCAACUCAGAUGAAUAUGUUCACCAUAUUGUCAGGAUUUGAGCCCUCCUUCCUCGACUCAGUGGAUGGUGCUACUGACAUUAUUGGUCUCUUUCCAUCGGCUUUGAACAAGUGACAUCUUCAAGUGGAAUUGUCCAUUUCAAGUCAGUUAUAAGGACGUCAGUUUUAUAUUAACGGGCUUGUUUCAAACCUCCAGAUUUCAAUAUUUACUCUAAGUCAGGGUCAUUACCUGAAAAUUCGACACUGUCCAAAAUUCUCCAAAUUUUCCACUGCUUCUCUUUCUGUACCUGAUGCAUCUCUCCUCAUGUGGUAUGUGGUUGUUUUAGUUCACCAAACACACCAUGCAUGUAUUAAACAAAACAAAUCAUGCUUGUCUUAUCUGAGUGGGAUCUGCAAAUCUGGAAUGGUCUGAAUGAGGGAGGAGUGGGAAGCAAUUCCAAAAGCUAUGAGCAUUGUCUUCCUGUAUCCUGCUGUUUUAAUUGACCCUCCAAGAAGGUUGUUGUUGUGUCUCAAUUAGUCCAGAGAAAAUUGCACUGCUCUCAGAUGCAAAGGGCUCAAAUUGUUAGUAUCGGGGGUCGUUUUAACAUUGUGGAGCUCUGUAUUGGGCUGCUUCUUGGAAAUCUGCCACUUGCCAUAAGGACAAUCCUUCUCGUGUGAGACGUUUUCAAAAUGGAUGUGUGCCUGUGGCAAUUUUGUUUAAUGUUCACUCACUCAAGGCAUUUUGACCUGAUGGAUAUCUCCUUUGAUUGAGACACUUCUAGUUGGCUACCGAAGCUGCACAGAGUGGCCUUUUACAGCUAAACCCUCUCAAACUGAUUUUUAUUGCCGCCAUCCAACUUCCACUUUACGGAGGGAGGAAUAUGGAUUGUUGUCACUAUCUUCUGCUAUUGCUCAUAAGGUUAAAACAUCUCCUGUCAACCAUCCAAUAGGAAGAUGGUUGACAGUUGUAGUUGGUGAUGGAGGCUCCCGCUGUUUUACUGGCUUUUCCUACAUCAUGUCUAAAAGCCAAGUUUGCAGUUGCCAAAGUCCCAAGCUUGAAUCUUUUAUAGAAAAAAAGAAACGUUUUUAAAUGUUAAUCCAUCAGUGCAUUGAGGUUGCCUUGUUGCAGUCUCAGUUAGUGGUAAUUCUUUGAGAUUUGUAUACACAGAUCAGGAGCAUUGCUUUUUAUAAAAGUGGAGAGGGUGUGUGGGGGGAGAGUGGGUUAGCAGCCCAACUUUAUGACACUUAAAGUAGCAAUUUAAUGCAGACACUGAUCCUCUUAUUUUUGCAGAUGUAGGGAGGCAUUUGGGGGUGGGGGUGAGGUUUAGAAAUGGAGUUUGUUUGUGUCCCUAAUCAUGCAUUGAGUAAAUUGCACAGUUUGGCUGCAUAUCACUGCCCUGCCUUAAUUUUGAUGCAGAUCCCAGUGGUGUGAAUGGGAUCAUCUUCAUUUUUUUUGCUAAUAAUGAGGGUUUAACUGAGAAGCAGAUCAAGUUAGAAUGUUAUUGACCUGGCCUCUUAACACUGUUCUUCAAAAUGCAGUCUUUGCCUCAAGGGAGGUAAGCUGUUGAAAUCAGGUGUUAAAUUUGAGUGUGUCUGUAAAUAGAAAUUGGUAGAAGGCUGGGUUAUCUUCAUUUUAGAUUGAAUGCAUAUUUACUACUCCAUGAGACUCGAAAGAGGGACAGCACAGUGAUGUUUCUUCAUAACAUCAACAGCCAGCUGCAGUCUCAGUGGACUUUGCACAUUCUUUUAAGUGUGUGUUUUUACUUCAUUGCUCCAGCCUCAACAGUGUGUUGGUGGGUUAAUUGGUCGCUGUAAAUUGCUCCUAGUGUGUAGGUGAGUGAUAGAUUAUUGGGGGAUGGGAAUGCAGAGAGAAUAUUUUUUUAAAUGGGAUUGAUAUAGGGAUUGUAAAUGAAUUGUAAGAGCUUGUUGGACAGUGUGGACUGGUCCAAAGAACCUGUUUCUUUGCUGCAUUCAUCUGCCAUUCUAUGUCAACAACUCCCAUCUACCUUGAUCCUUCAGUAGUCUCCAAUUUUCCAACACUACCCAUGAGCUGCUUGUGUCUGCAGACCCUCAGUGGUAAUUUGGAAAUGUUCCCCUUUCCUGUGCUGAAGAAUUCCCUCCCAGCAGGGCUUGCAUUGUGUCUGGGAUUGCUCCUAAUUCAACAGUACCAUACACUGGUAGCCUAGUUGUCAUUAUUCAUAGCAAUCACAGAAAGCCUGUUAAAGGAUUAGGAGUGGUGAGCGUGUUGGAAGGUGUUGACCAUUGUAGUUAGUGAUAGAGGCUCCUGCUGUUUUACUGACCUUUCCUAGCUGCUUCUCAUUUUUUAGAUGCAAACCUUUUUACAGCAAUUCAUGCCUUGUCUGUGCUGAAUGACCAAACCCUUAUUUUGUGAUUGUUAUCCCUGGUUUCAACCCUUUCAGAGGAAGAAACUUGUAUCUGUCCUGCCUUUAAUAAUGUAUGCCUCAGUGAGAUCACUUCUCAUUCAUCUGAAUACUAAAGAAAUACAGACCCAAUCUCCUUAGUCUUUCCUUGUACACCAUGCCUCUUUUCCCAGGAAUUUGUUCUGAGUCUUUUGCAUUCCUCCUUUUGAAAGCACAUUUUCUGUGGGAAGGGAGGCCAGAUCUGUUUACUAGAUUCCAGAAGUAAUGGGAAUUAAGAUAUGCAGGUCUUGUGAUUAGUAUAUUGCUAUUACUGCUUUGUUUUUUAAAAAUCUAGUUCUUCCUGCUUGGACUUAAUUUCAAUGGUCUGUUUUAACAUCAUAGUCUGGCAAAAUAACUAUAAGGAAGCUGGACUGCUAGGAAUCUGAAUCAAAUCAGUACAAUAAUGUGGUCCCUAUUGCUCUCGGCACAGGUCCUUAAUGUCUGCCUUUGCUCUGAUGUUCAAAUUCUUCUAGAGUAGGUAACAUUGAAAAAAAGUCUUUUAUGUGCACACCUAAAUAAUUGUUACUCUUGGUUGAGAAAUGUUAAGCAUACAAGCUACCUUCCCCAUUUGUCCUAUUUGCAGAUCUUCCUGGGAAAGAAAAUAAAUAGGCUACAAACUCUUAUUAUUUGUUUUUAAUAUAAUCAAAUAAUCCUACUUCCUUUGUUAGGUUGUCUAAUGUCAUUGUGGGGGAAAUGGGGAUUAAUCAAUGAGCAGCUGGAUUUCAUUUGUUAGAGAAAUCUCUCUAAGUGAAGGUGACUUAUUUGCAGGCAUUUGUAAUCUGAUUGAAGCCUGCAUUUCCUUGUAUUGGAAAUGGAGACUUCAUUCCCAUAUGUCACAACCCCAUCCCAAAGUUUAAUGAAAAAUACACUAGUAAACAAUGUAUGUGGAUUUACCAUAUAUUCAAAGAUUAGAUUGAAUGUACAACAACAAAUGACAUAUUCCUGAAAAUAAGGGAGGAAGCCUCGCUUGUUUCCUUCAUGGAGAAAUAAAAGGACUUAUUGCCUAUUUUGUUCUCCUUCCCAAUCCCUCCCCAAGAAACUAUGUUGCUUGCUGCUCACAUCACACACUUGAAUCUACUGCCACACUCUGAGUUCACACAGACUUCCCACCUCUGCUAAAGGCUUCAGGAUUAUUUUAAUGGUUGCUUCAGUUAGAGUUUAAUGUACGGCAUUGGAUGCUAUGUCGGGAUGUAAGAUAACACUUGUUUUUGGUUCUCAAAUAUAAAAAUUAUUUUUGUACUUUUUUUGUGUGAGGGUGAAUAUUUGAAAAUCAUAACAUGCCAGUUUUGGACAAAUUACACAACACCUUUUGUAAACUGAAAUUCAUCUCAACAUAGCACUUUAGAGAAAUCAGAUGUUUAUAUUGUAUCAUACGACAACAGAUGGUCAUUCCAUUGUAGGCUGGCUUUGCAAAGGAAGAAUUUCUAUAUUUUCUUGUUUUAAUAGUGUCUAAAUUAGUUGAGGAAAGCAACUUCAUGUUCAAAAUAUUACAACUUUAUUGUCACGUUUGCAAACAUUAUGUUCCUCAGCUUCUGAAUUGUAAUUUUUUUACUCAUAUUUGUUUAUAAAAAGAUAGGUUAAACAUUACAUUUUGUACCAGACAGCACAUGUGUAUGUAUCCUAUACAGUAUGUCUCCCAUCACUGCUCUUGUUCUGUCCUGGUGUUAACUGCAGUAAAUUUGGGAUUGUAUAGUACUUAAUAAAACUUCUUUUUCCAGA